AUGGAAUCCUUCAUCCACGUCGCCGGGUGGUCGCAACACCAUCAGUCCUCCCCACGACCAUCCUCGGGCCGCUCCUUUGGCCAUCUUCGCUCCCUCUCCUCCGUCGCCCACACUACCUCGGUCUCGUCGCCCCCGUCGCCCGGCCCUCCCAAGUCGAGCCCGUUUCCCAAGUCCUCGUCGACGUCGCAGCUUCCCGGUGUUUCGCUCAAGGCAUCCCUGUCGGCGCCCAUUCUCGGCAGCGAUGAGCUGAGUACCUUGCCCGACCCGCGGAGACGCGUUUCCGACUUGGACGGCGACAACGGACGCUCCCACUCGACCCACCAUCCCGAUCUGACCGACGAGGUGGCGACCCUGAGCACCAAGCUCAUCAAUGCCAUCAACCACCAGACGAUCCUCGAUGAUACCUUGUCCGCAACCCGCCACGAGCUGCAAUCCGCCCGCGACCGUAUACGCGAGUUAGAGCGCCGCAACCAGUCGCAGCGGGACAUGAUGGCGGGCGACGUGUGGGUUCGCAAAUCGAGCCUUGAUCAUGAGCGGAAAGCCAUGCAGACGGAUAAAAAGCUUGUCCUGGCACGGCUUGCCGAAGAGACGGCCAAGCGACUUGAUGUCGAGAAGGAAAAGAAGCGGAUUGAACAAGAGCUCGAGAACCUCACAACUGCCCUCUUCGAGGAGGCUAACAAGAUGGUCAUUGGCGCCAAGGAGGAGGCCCAGGCUCAGCACGAAGCUCUACAGCGGAAAAAUGAUCAGCUCAAGGCGCAGCUCGCCGACUCGGAGAGCCUGCUCAAGUCACAGCAGGAGCAGUUGUCGGAGCUCAAGCAAGUCCUGGAGAACCUGGCCACGGAGCGCGACGACUUGACGACGGGCACGACGGCCCCGCCGUCACCGGGAGUGCCUCGCUUCGACGCUGUAGAGGUGGCUGCUGCCGCCCUCCCGCCAGGCUCGGCUGAAUCGACCGCUCCAUGUCCCCCCUUGGGGCUGCAGCACCUGCUGCAGCCCGUACUGCGCGUCGACCUCGGCGCAUUCGACGACUUUAUGACCCUUGCCCAUCUGUCGCAACAACGGCGCGGAAGCCGCAUCUCGUCGGGCUCCAUGGGAGGACUGGCGUCGUCGACAUUUGGCCUCGGCGGCGGCGGCGGCGGCGCCACGUUCAGCUCCCAUCCAAACGCAUCGACGGCCUCACUGAGCACCGCGACAGCGAGCAGCAGCGCCCCUCAGUCGCCCAACACGCCCGCGUCCACAGCCAGCAUGGGCUCUAUCGGCCAAGGCGGGGCCCCGAUUCCCAAUCUCAAGGACACGAAAUUCUACAAGCGCGUCCUGUCCGAGGACAUUGAACCCACUCUCCGCUUGGACACGGCACCGGGCCUGUCGUGGCUCGCGCGACGAUCAGUGCUGGCGGCCAUUGCGGACGGCUCGCUCGUGGUGGAGCCCGUGCCGCAAGUGGCCACGACGUACGUGGCCGCCAGACCUCAGUACUACCCGUGCUCGCUGUGCGGGGAGGCGCGAAAAAGCGAGGAGCAUCUGCGCACGCAUCGCUUCCGUACAAGCGAGGCCGAGUCGGCGCAACGCUACCCGCUGUGCAAUUACUGCCUCACACGCGUCCGCUCCACAUGCGACUUUGUGGGUUUCCUGCGCAUGGUCCGCGACGGCUACUGGAAGAUGGACGACCAAGAUCACGAGAGAGCGGCCUGGGAAGAGUGUGUUAAGCUGCGCGAGCAUAUGUUUUGGGCCCGCAUUGGUGGCGGAGUCGUCCCCGCGAUCACCCAUGCAGGGGUACCGACUGCCGCUGGUGGUAGUAAUCCUCACGACAUGGCCGCGACGACCGACAAGGAGCCGCGGCUCAGCCAGGAGCGCGCUGCUGGGACGGGGCUCUCGGACGGGCGCGCGGCCAUACCCGAGCAAGAUGAAACAUUGCGUGACGCCGACGCUGCCGCUGCCCACGGCGCGGAGCCCAGGGAACCCCAGACCCCACCCGAGCAAACAACGGACAGCAACGCAAGCGAUGACGCCAAGAAGCCGACGCAUGCACCGGAUGAAUCGACCAGCGACGAGCCGCAGCAAUCUGCGACGAAGCUUGCCACGAACUGA